UUGACCUGUCGGCCCGUGGGGUUCCGGGCGUCGGGGAACCGGGCCUGGGUUUCCCGGCCGCUGCGCUUGGCACCGCGCUUGGCAGAGGACGGAGGCUCCUAAGGUGUGGAGAGACACCUGCCAGGACCCUUUUGGCUGUGCUAGGAGACACACCCUGCUUGUCUAGGCCAAACAUCAGAACACCCUAGAAGGCUUAACUAAAAGAAUGCUCAUGUUUGACCCAGUCCCUGUCAAGCAGGAGGCCAUGGACCCUGUCUCUGUGUCCUACCCAUCGAAUUACAUAGAAUCGAUGAAGCCCAACAAAUAUGGAGUCAUUUACUCCACACCGAUACCUGACAAGUUCUUCCAGACUCCAGAAGGCCUUACUCAUGGGAUACAGAUGGAGCCAGUGGACCUCACUGUGAACAAGCGGGGCUCACCACCCUCGGCUGGCAGCUCUCCCUCCUCUCUCAAGUUUUCAUCGCACCGGAGAGCAUCCCCUGUUCUGAGCAUGCCGCCCUCCAGCCCGCCCAUUAAGAAAUACUCGCCCCCUUCUCCUGGCAUGCAACCCUUCAGUGUACCACUGUCCAUGCCUCCGGUGAUGGCAGCUGCACUGUCCAGACAUGGAAUCCGGAGCCCUGGCAUCCUCCCUGUCAUCCAGCCCGUCGUGGUGCAACCUGUCCCUUUUAUGUACACCAGCCACCUCCAGCAGCCACUCAUGGUGUCCUUGUCAGAAGACAUGGACAGUUCAAACAGUAGCAUGCAAGUACCUGUAAUUGAAUCAUACGAGAAGCCCAUAUUACAGAAAAAAAUUAAAAUAGAACCUGGAAUUGAACCACAGAGGACAGACUAUUACCCUGAAGAAAUGUCACCCCCUUUAAUGAACUCAGUGUCCCCCCCGCAAGCAUUGUUGCAAGAGAACCACCCUUCAGUCAUAGUGCAGCCUGGGAAGAGGCCUCUACCUGUGGAGUCCCCGGAUACCCAAAGGAAGCGGAGGAUACACAGAUGUGACUAUGACGGAUGCAACAAAGUCUACACUAAGAGCUCGCACUUGAAAGCACACAGAAGAACGCAUACAGGAGAAAAGCCCUACAAAUGCACUUGGGAAGGCUGCACAUGGAAAUUUGCUCGGUCUGAUGAACUAACAAGACAUUUCCGAAAACAUACUGGAAUCAAGCCUUUCCAAUGUCCGGACUGUGACCGAAGCUUCUCUCGCUCUGAUCAUCUUGCCCUACAUAGGAAACGCCACAUGCUAGUCUGAAAGCCUGUCUCCACCUCUGUUGACGCCCCCUCUUCCUGGCGCUCUGUCUCUUACAGUAUGUGUCUCUGUUCCUCUCCUCCUGCCCAUUAUCUAACUCAUUUUUACAUGUACAUUUUAAUUUUGAUUCAGCUGGUCUGAAUCUCUGAAUUUAUGUCAUUGAAGACUUCCAUAUGGUCAGUAGUUGAUUCUUUAACCCUCCCUUUCCUUACCACGGGUCAGACCUAAAGAAUGUGAACAUUUUUUUUUUUUCGGGGAUGCUAAGCAAACCCUCCUUACAGAUGCAUUUAAUGUAAUAAGAACAAGGGAACAUAUAAACUAACAAUCAAUUUGUUGGUUUCUCCAUGUGUUUCUCAAAAGAAUGUCAGAGUAAAUACAUCAGAAAUACAGUAUCCAGCCUGCUAGUCUUCGCUAGGGAGACCUUCAUACCUCUGCCACAUUUUGUGUUUGACAACAAAAAGAAUUCGGUUCCUUUCACCAGUUAGCAAGAUCCACAGAGAUGUCAAGCUGGUCCUGUCCCCUCUGCCAUUGCCCUUCCCACUUGCUUGUUGGCCUGGAUUCCCAACUCCGCUAAGUCAAUUCCUUUGUCCUCUGGUACCUGAAGCUCACAUGGAUGCUUUGACACCCUGGGAGCUGAGCUUCUGCUGGAGGUGAGCCUUAUGCUCCCAUAGUUGGGGGGUGUGAAGCAGAAGACCCUGCAAGUGGAGGAAUGUCAGCAAUUCCCGGAUAGGACUGUCUGGGCCUUUAUCAUUAGCUGUGCAGUGCAUCUGUUAAAUGCCCAUCCCCAGACCUAACUCAACUAAGCAGACUCUUGCUGCAAAGCUGGAUACCCAUAGGGUUAUUGGUGCCUCUGCCUCCAUCCCUGCAGGAUCCUUCAUCGUGGAUCAUGAAGCAUUGAGAUUAAGGAAUCCACAGAAAUAUUUGCCCAGUAAUAUAUAAUUUAAAACUUUUGAGACAGUAUCAGAUGAUCUCUCCCCACCCCCAACCAACUAAGAGUGUUUUUGCAAACAGGAAAACAUUGAGUGGUACUUAUAUUCCAAUUAGUCAUACAGCUUUCAUAUGGAGCUUUUUUGUGUGAGUUGUAUGGUGCCAAACCAGCUGUCAUUUGUGUCCGUGACACAUAGCAUACAUGAGCAUCCACUAUGCUUGAGGGAAGUAAUUGAGUUAAGACCUGAGUGACACUAUUUGUAAAUAUACCUAGUGUAAAGCACAUAGAUCUUUAUUUUGGUGACAGAUUUUUGGAAAAUAGAAAAAAAAAAACCACAAUUCAGGGAUUUAUAUAUGUAGCUUGAAGAUUCCCACAAGUUUCUGCCAGAGCUAGCAGUUUCCUGUCGCUACUAUGUAUCCUGUGAGGACAAACUAAAAAACAAUGACUCGUGUUGAUGUUGAAGAUAAGUAACACCAUUAUUUGGGGGGGGGGGCACUUUUAUUUUGUUUUUCAAAAGCAGGCUUUUGAACACCAUAGUCCAAAUGUCAACAAUUCACAAGUAGAAAUGCCAUUGGUUAAAAAUUUGAAGAAAAUGGGCACAAUGGUCAGAUGGUUGCAUGUGACCAACAACCCUUUCAUCCCCACAAGGGAUGGAGGAGAAGAGAGGAGAGAUUCCUGGAAAUUCGUCCCAGCCACAACUCAGGAUCCAACACCACUGGGAGGAAAAUGCUACUUGAUUGUCCUUGAACGACAAUGAAUAAGUGAUGCUGGUGACCUGCACACGAGCAGGGAGCUCUCUCUUUGAUGGCACUAUGUUGGGAGUUGCAGGGACUGCAUGCAGGAGGUCCUGCUUAGCCCUGUGAACCAGCUGAAGGGAAAAUGGGUGAAAACUGUAAAGAAAUGUUAUCUUAGCACUUGGGUUACUUUUCAUUCCUUUUUAGAGCUGAAAAAAAAAUUGUUCAGGUUAUUAAAGCAUGCUAAUUAGAGUCUUGCUUUGCUCUUUUGUUUGCAACCUUGGCACGAAUUGAGGAGUGAAAUGUCUCUUGGAAAAGCAGGGUCUCUAUUGUGGAUAUUGAGUUGUGCUCAUGCCAACACCAUCAUGUCCGGAAGUGGUUCUUUGGCAGCACACCGGAAGUUUCAGUUUAUAUGUCCCAACCCAAUGAGAAGGGGGAAGGAUGCAAGGAAGGACAGAAUUAGCUUUGCGCGGAAGUACAGUUAAUAGCUGCGUGACACAUUUAAAUUGUUUUCAAAAGUCUAUUAUGUUACUCUUUAGCUUGCUUGGAUCAUGUUAACAGUUCCAUUACAUCCAUUUUAACUCUGAAAAAAGGUAACCCAGAGAAUCUGUUCUCUAUUUCCAUGCUGGUCUCAUAUACUUUGUUCAUUGGCCCUUACCAAAUUUUCUUUAUGUGUAUACGUAUUUGUAUUUUACUAUGAUAGUUGGGAAAUCUAGUCUUAGUCUUUUAGCUGUUUUUGUGGAAGAUACACAAUAAGAUGCCCUGGAAAUGCGAUUUUUUGAUGACGUGGCUAUGUGACUUGUCAGUGGCGGUUCAAUUGCAGUAUUUUAAAUUGGUGAGAAUGGGCUGUAAACAUGAAGUCAGCACCAUGUAAAUUACUGCUAAAGUAUCAUCGUGGGGAAGUUAAAAUUAAAUCAGAAUCUUGUGUUUUACAGUUUUCCAGUAGGAGUGUACAUCAUUAAAUGGGCAUUUAGUAGUCUAAAGUCACUUGGUUUGGAUACUGCAGCAUAGCUUUGUUUAACUAAGGAGAUGUUAAAUAUGCAGAUGUUUCCAGAGCCUUGGAACAGAACUACAGGGGAAUGAUGUAUGUAUAUGUAUUUUGUAUUAAACACCCACCUGCACUAUCAGUAUUGCACUAAUGUGGAAUUUGAGAGACUUGCUGAUACUGUAAUCUGCGCAUCACUCUUUAGAUUGUUAUAAAGACAAUCUCAGAGAUCAGAGGUUUUUAAAGUAAUUUGGUUUGAAAGUAGAAUUGUCUUGAAGGAAUUGCUAACAUACAUGAAGUCACUUGAGUUUUCUUUAUUCUCUUCUUGGUCAAGGUUAACAGUUUCUAAAUGAUUGCAAAUUCACUUAAGUAAUGCAUUUACGAAGCCAUUUUACAUGCAUUAAAUGAGGGCUACAACGUGUUUUACAAAUACUAGCACUUUUUAUUUUCCUGUUAUGUACUUAGUGUUAGAGGGUCAGAAUAACCUUUCUGCUUAGCAUCUCUUAAACCCUACCUGCAAGCAUAGCAGGAUUGUUGCAUUUACAGUACUUUAAUACUUGUAUAAACUAUGCAGAAAUUUUUAAUAAAGUGUAAUAUAUUUUAUAAGCUAAUAAGACUGAAUGGGUAAAGGUUUUUAGCAUGCAUUAGUAUACUUGCAAAUACUGAAACAUUUUGGUAAUCUUUCUUACUAAAGAUGUGAAUGUUUAAAUGUACCUUCUCUGUUUCUACCCUGUAGUCCAAUGGGAAUUCAGUAAUGACAUUUUGUCAUGUCAAACUGUGAACAUAAAAUUUGUACUGUACAGUCCUCAUAUACUAUAUACAGUAUGCAAUAUAUGUAUUAUAUACUUGUUAAUAAAACCAUCCGAAUAUUA